UUGGACCAAUUGGCGAAAUCCGUGUGCUAGCUAGGGUUAGUCUGUAAACGGCAUUCACUUUUAGGGUUUAUAGAAACGUUGAAACCCUGACGAGUGACGUGGAUUCAUUUCAUUUCAUUUCGCAAUGGGUUUCUGGGGGAUUGAAGUGAAACCUGGCAAACCGUGUCCUUAUCACGCUGACAAUGUGCGAGGGAAGCUUCAUGUUACUCAGGCUACUCUAGGCAUUGGCUCAUCAUCGGAGAAAAGCAUUCUUCAGUGCUCUUCUGGACACAAAAGUCCAGUUUUCUUGUGUUCAUUGCUACCAGAUAAGGUUGAGUCAUGCCCUUUGAAUCUUGAGUUUGACGCAGAUGACUUAGUGGCAUUCUCGGUUGUUGGCUCACGAAGCAUCCACCUUUCAGGUUAUUUUGCGGAUGACGAUGGGGAUGAUCUUAGGGAUGACUAUGAAUAUGAUUCAUGGGGAGAGGAUAUUGAAGGAACUGAGUCAGAGGAGUCGUCUGAAUAUGAUAGUGAAGAUGGAUAUGCUGAUGACUUUAUUGUUGAUAGUGAUACAGACAUGUACCCGUCUUCACCAAUCCCAAAUAGUGGAGUUGUAAUUGAGGAAAUAAUGGAUGAUGAUAAACCCAAAAAUGGAGAUGAUCCAACUAAGAAAUUAAAGAAAAAGAAGCAUGUAGCUCAGUUGAAAGAGAAAGACAACAAAAGUUCUGAGCUUCCAAUUGUUGCUAAGGGUGAUACUGACCUUGUUGUGGAAAGUGAAGAUGAAGAUGGCUUUCCAAUUUCCAUUGCAGAGAAAGGUGUGUCUGUCUCUAAGACAGAAGCAGAAAUGAAAGGAGAACAAGCACGUAAGAAAACUGAGAAAGCCAACAAGAAGGAAAAAGAUGUUGGUCAUUCUGCUAGUGUAAAACGAAAAGUUGAUAGUGCUGAUGAAGAUGAGCCUCAGGAUGGGAAAAAGAAGAAGAAAAGAAACAAGUUGAAAGAUCAUAUUAAAGGGGGAAGUGAUCAUGCAUCUGACAAUAGCAAUGAGAAAAAGGUUACUGAACCAGAUGAAAAACAUGCCGAGGAUGUUAAAACUUCAACCAAACUGAGUGAUGUUUCUCAUGCAAAGGAUGAAGAUGGUGGAAAGCUAUCCAAUAACGAGGUCCUUGUUGAGAAGAAAAUCAAGAAGAAAAACAAGAAAAAGACCAAAGAGUCUGAAGGGGAAGCUGCCACAAAUCAAAUUACUACAACUGCUGAAAAACAGAAUUUGUCCACAGAGAAAAAGGGGAAGAAACAAACUGAAACCAAGCCAUCACAAGUGAGAACUUUUCCAAAUGGAUUGAUUAUAGAGGAGGUGUUUAUGGGUAAACCUGAUGGCAAAAAAGCUGCUCCUGGAAAGAAGGUUAGUGUUAAAUAUAUUGGCAAAAUGCAAAAAGAUGGGAAAAUAUUUGACUCAAAUGUGGGAAGAGCACCCUUUAAAUUUCGCCUGGGUGUAGGACAAGUCAUCAAAGGGUGGGAGGUUGGGAUCAAUGGGAUGAGAAUUGGGGACAAACGAAGGAUCACAAUUCCACCGUCUAUGGGAUACGCGGACAAACGCGUUGGCAGUAUACCACCAAGUUCGUGGCUUGUAUUUGAUGUGGAGUUGGUUGAUGUUGGUCGCUGAUUUCUAUCCCUCAUUGUUUCGGCUGCGGAAUGGUCUGGUCCCUUCGGGCUGAGAGAAUGUUAAACUCACAUUUACCAUUUUUGGUCCGAAGUGUGUGUGUGGAUCUUGAGACCAAAUUAGAGCUCAAGUUUUGUAGGAAAUUUUGGAUUGAAUUAGGGAAUUCUCAGCAUUACGAGUUUACAUAUGCGACAAAUAUAGUGUUUGCUUUCGUUAUCAAUAGUGUUAAUCAUUAAAUGUGGGUUUCGUUUGGAUUGUACAAUUUUUACAGUUCACUGAACAAGAAAUUAUCAUGCCUCAUUUCUCAUUUUUA